ACAAAAGGCUAGGCUUCAACAUGGAAGUUCAUCAAGCUGAUGUCCAUGGAAAAUUUGAAGUGAACUUCACCAGCAAAACUGUCAUCAAAGCUAUCGGCCCUUUGCCUGAGCCCCAUAUCAUUACUCUUUCAAACCUUGACCUCCUCUCGGGUCGUUUCCCUGUCACAUACUUUUAUUUCUACCAUAGACCAGUAUUGGAUGACUUCAGCUCUAUCAUUGAGGCUCUUAAGUGCUCAUUAGCCAAAAUUCUCAACCACUACUAUCCCUUUUCUGGUCGAAUUGCCGAAAACCCGAAUACUAAUGAGCCCGAAAUCAUUUGUGACAAUAGUGGUGCCCUAGUUGUAGAAGCUCAUGCCAAUAUCCCUCUAAAAGACCUAGACUUCCACAACCUUAACCUAUCUUUGCAAGGAAAACUAGUAUCCAUCAACCCUGAAUUUCCUUUCCAAGUCCAAGUAACAAACUACACUUGUGGAGGCAUUUCCAUAACAUUCACCUUCGACCAUGCUCUUGGAGACGCGAGCGCCUUUGGUAAGUUUCUCUUCUCAUGGUCUGAAAUAGCGCUAAGGAGGCCACUUUCCUGCAUACCUGAUCAUCGGAGGAACCUUCACGCGCGCUGCCCUCCUACUUAUGAUCCAUUAUUGGACCGUACGUUUGUGAAGUGUACCAUGGAAGAGAUUGUCAAUAUUCCAACAAUGAACACCUUGCUUAAGCGCCUUUAUCAUGUUGAUGCAUCAAGCAUUAAUCAUCUGCAAAAACUUGCAUGUCUUAAUGGGCAUAAGAGAACAAAAAUUGAGGCUUUCUCAGCUUACUUAUGGAAGGUUAUGGUCAAGGCCAUAGAUGAAAAACAUGAAAAGUGUAACAUGGGAUGGUUAGUUGAUGGACGGAUGAGCAUGUGUGCAGGCCAGAACUCCCUGUCGAAUUACAUAGGAAAUGUCCUAUCAGUCGCUGUUGGGGAGGCCAGUGUGGUUGAAGUGAAGCAAGGCUCUAUAUUGGAUGUCGCCAAGAUCGUCCACAAAGUAAUCUCCAAGGUAACUAACAAAGCUCAUUUCUUGGAUUUGAUCGACUGGAUUGAGUGCCACAGGCCUGGACUGAUGCUGUCAAGGACGGUACUAGGUCGCGGUGGACCUACACUUGUUGUGUCCUCAGGAAGGCGGUUUCCUGUUAGCGAACUGGACUUCGGCUUUGGAACUCCAGUUCUUGGAACUGUCUGCUCCACUAUAGAAAGGCUUGGUGUUGGUUACAUCAACCAAAGGCAGAGUGCUAGAGGUGAUGGCUCUUGGACUGUGUCCGCCAUCUUAUGGCCGGAACUGGCUGCUGCACUGGAAUCAGACUCCAUUUUGCAGCCCAUGACUGCAACUCAUCUUCAACUUUAGCUGCUAUAUAUUCCAUCUUAUCGACUGCUUGUACAUUUAAAUAGCCAUUGUAUUAGUAUACGCUGAUGAUCAAGACAAAAAUAGUUUCUGUCCUGAUAAAAAUAACAAAAGUAUGUGGCUAAAAGUGUAUAUGAAUCGACAGAUGUAAUAAAUUAGGAAUGGGUUCAUGGAAGUUCAGGUGAUUAGUAUCUGGUACCAGAAUUAUAAGGGUAUCUUUCUUUUA